AGGGUCUCCUGUCUGAUCCUUUGUCAUGGGAAGACUUUCCUCUGCAGCUUCAGAGCAGAGAGGCAGGCAGAAGGAGGACCUGAGCUUCAAAACUUAUAAGCGGCCAACAGAGGGUUUUAAACUAUGUAACUGGGGCAGAAAACAGAGGUCUCAUCUGAAUCAUCAUAACUUCGCUCUGAUUCAUCUGAAGGGGCAGAUCAUUGGGAUGAACAGUAUGCUUCCUCAAAGGAGCGCCGUCACCACAUUGGGCUACGCUUCUGACUGUUUGAAGAUUGAGCACAGCAGUGGCAGCUCUGUAGGGGGGACACUGCUGAGGGGCUCUCGAUCUAAAGCUGAGCUUCAGGAACUGAUGGAGACUCUGCAGCGCAGAAAGAGUGCUCUGGAGGCCAGCUUGAGGGCAGCUGAAUGCAGUCGCAAGUACCUUAGCGUACCUUCAUCUGUUGCUGGCCAGCCCAGUAGGCCAUUGUCCAUCCUCAGCAACACAGAACGACCUCCAUCCGCCUCCAGAAACUUUUCCUACAUUAGCAGCAACAGUGUGCCUCCAUCGCCACGUCAGGGUGAACGCCAGAUUAGCACCAAUGGUUUGUUUCGUCAUUCCUACUCUCGCCACCAGUCACAGGACAGUCUGCUGCUUUCUACUGCAUCUGAUGGAAAUUCUCUGCUGUCCUCGUAUGGGGAGCCAGUGCCUCGUUCUCCCAGGGUCAAGAGCGGGGCGGCCAGUAUGCCAUCCAGUCCUCGGAUGAGCCGUAGACUCAGCUCUCAAAGCAAAGCCGUCGGAGAGUCAAGGCAGAGGAAAUACUCCACCGGUUCCCUCAACAACCUGGGGAUGCAUAGCCGUUCUUUGCCACGACUUCACAAUGCGGCAGACCCCCCUGUUUUGUCGCUGCCCUCUCGUCACUCAGUGGGUUCCCACAGGGUGGUGGUCUCAGCAGGACAGCGGCGCAGUCUUUCCUCCCUAGAGCAGCCCCCAGAUGUGACAGUGCCUGCAAGCAUGCCCAGCACAUCCAGAAGGUCCAGCCUUGCUUCACUUAGCUCCCUAGGUAUAGAGAUUGAUGGAACGGGAUUAGAUCUGGGCUUAGGAGAAAGGAGGUUGUCAUUUGGGAAAAGCGGGCUAAGUCCAGGACAGAGGGUGGGCAGCAUCAGUUCUCUGAAUGGCAAAGAAGAGUUGAGAGACUAUCACCAGCAUCAAAGAGAUGAGCGACUCAGGGAGCAGAAAGUGCAGAAAUUGGAAUGCCAGCGUCUAGAAACCAUCUUAAGCCUGUGCACUGAAUUGGGACAGGUGGUGAGAGAGCCGACGGGCUCAGCUGUUUCUGAUCUGCAAAAGAUCAAUAAGGAGCUGGAGAAGCUGCAGGUGUCGGACAAUGAGUCUGUGUUUUCUGACUCCCCUAGCAGCACUGCUCCAGACACUUGUUUUGGGGCCAAAGCCAGAGAUCUUCAGCUUCCUGAGGAGCAGCAGGCCAUCCAGCGUCAGCAGGGAAACUACAGGUCUCACUCACCUGCUAUAAGUCUGAACAGCAGCGCCCCUUCUCCUUCUACACACCACAGAACCAAAGCUUUGGAGAGCAUGCAGCUGAAACAGGAAGUAGAGGAAGAGAGAAUCCAGGUUCUGAACAACAUCGAAGAGCUGGAGCAGAAGAUCAAAGACCUGGACAACCAGAUGGAGGAGUCUUUGCGUGAGAUGGAGGUGGAGUGCGCCCUGCUGGAUGGAGAACAGGAGUCUGAGAUGACCCAGCUGCAGAGGGAAAAGGAACUGUUGGAUGAACUCAAAGAAAAAAUGCAAAGUAUCGAGAGGACAAGCAAGCCUGAAAAAUCUCAGGAAAGCGAGGAGCAGACAAAAACCUCAGAGGAUUCGGAAUUUCAAAAGCUGGAGAGAGAAAUCAAGCAGGAAGAGGAAGAUGAGAGUCAAAGCCAAGAGUUGUUGCGGGACAUUGCAGAAUAUCAGCGUCUUAGCGUCACGCGCAAGGAAAGAAUCAUGACUCUGAAGAAACAAUCCUCUCAGAUCACUUUACAGGCUCAGCAAGAGAAAGAAAACUUCCAGAGAGAGAAAAACAACGUGCUUGUCAUGCUUCAAAAGGAGAGAGACAAGCUGCUGUCGUUGGAAGGAAAGUACGCAGAGUUGUCUGAGGGCCAAACUUUGACCAACAACCCUGUUACCAUCAAAGAGCACUUGAACUCCCUGAAGGAGAGGAGAAGAAGUAGCAAAGAAAGUUCUUCCCAUCCUAUCGAAAGCAUUCCUCAUAAGAGAGGCCAGCAGCUCCUCGGCUCCUAUGGCAGAUCUUUGGGACGCACGCUUCCUCCCAAGGCACAUCUGCCUUUAUCCCAAAGCUCCAGCUGUGGCAGUGUCAUUCCACAAGGCUUCAGCUUCUCCCCCCGGGACGUGAACGCCCGUCGGCUGCCCAAGGCAGGAAACAGCCAUGCUCACAUGAACGACGACAGACAGAGGCAGAGUGAUUUUUGCAGCAGGAUGGUCUCUGAGCCCAACGUGUUCCUGGACUCCUUCUCGUACCCGGACAACAGCCAGGCAUCGGACACCGUCAGUGUGGACAGUUCGGACAGCCUGGAGACCAGCUUCUCUGCGUGUUCACCAGACAACAUCUCCAGUGCCAGCACUUCCAAUAUGGCAAAGAUUGAGGAAAUGGAGCGUUUACUCCGAGAGGCCCAGGCUGAGAAGCUGAUACUCCUUGAGCACAGGGAGCGGGAGAUGGCGAUGCGUAGGCAGGCCCUGGAGGAGGAGAGAAGAAGGAGAGAGGAGCUGGAGAAACGUCUGCAGGAAGAAACGAGCAGGAGACAAAAACUUGUGGAAAGAGAAGUGAAGCUCAGGGAAAAACAGAGAUCGCAGUCUCGGCUGCUGACUCGCUACCUCCCCGUGAGAAAAGAUGACUUUGACCUUCACGGUCACAUCGAAGCAGCCGGACACAACCCAGACGCCUGCUUCCACCUGGCCAUCACCGACAAAACCUGCCGAGGAUUCCUGGUCAAAAUGGGCGGGAAGAUCAAGACGUGGAAGAAACGCUGGUUUGUCUUCGACCAGAAUCGGAGGACGCUCACAUAUUAUGCAGAUAAACAUGAGAACAAGAUGAAGGGAGUCAUUUACUUCCAGGCCAUUGAGGAGGUGUACUAUGAUCACUUAAAGAAUGCACACAAAAGCCCCAAUCCUUCUCUGACUUUCAGUGUGAAGACCCAUGAUCGUGUGUACUACAUGGUGGCUCCAUCUCCUGAGGCCAUGCGUAUCUGGAUGGACGUUAUCGUGACGGGCGCCGAAGGACACAUGCACUUCAUGGUGUAGCACACCCGCUUUCACGUUUGUUUUCUUUGCCAUCGAGUUAAGCACGUUUCCAGUCCUCUGCACACGUCAGGGUAACGGCAAACACGUGUGGAUCAGAGAGGGAUUUUACCUAAACAGUUUCUGUGUUUAUGAUCGGAGAAAUUUACAAAUGAGCAGAAAGGAAAUCUGCUCGCAUGUGCAGGCUUUAUUAUGCAGCUGUGUAUAAAAGACAAAAAGUGUUUGGUGUCAGAAGUAAGCUAUGUGGGCUGUUUGAAUCCAGUUGUUUAUGUUUUGUGAGAAGCUGAAGUAUCUCUUAAUCUCACAGCAGGUAAUUUUCUUGUUUUUUUAAUCAGGGAAGCUUCUAAAUGAUGGAGCCUACCAUGUGCUCUGAUGUGUUGGCCCCAGAACAAAUUAGUUUCCUAUUAAGAACGGUAUUUUAUCAACAUUGGUUGAUUUUAAUAAAUACAGGUUUUUGCAUUCAAUGUGAUUGUGUAAAAGUUGAAAACUGUCCCUCUUUUCACAUCACUUUCAAGGAUAAUCCUCAACAUAUUUUAGUUUUCCAUCCUUUCUGAAAAUUCCUUUAAAGCUUUACUUUGUACAUUAUGUUGAAAAUACAUUUUCAGCAAAUAAAUAGUGCCCAAAAGUCGUGUUUUCAACAAACAGUAAACGUGCAACAACAUAGUACCUCACCUGUUAUAUGAAAAGGUUUCCAGCUGCUAGCUUGUUAAAGUAUGUUACUUUCCAUUUAUUUUUAUACACAAGGCACCUAAAAGAAAUUCACCCAAUUUAUUUUAGGUGAAAAAAAUGUAGGAUUUUUCACCUAAAUUUUAUGGCUUUGAAAGUCUUUUUGUGGUUUAGUAAGAAAACAAACAAAAAAAACUAUUUUUUUUAAAUUUUAGGUACAAAAUAAACAGGGAAGAAAAUAAUCCUCCAUGCCAGUUUUGAAUGUAAAAAAAACUUACAGGAGGCUGAACAUAAAUACACACCACACUUUUCAGAUUGUUUAUUGUGAGACAACUUAAAAAGCAUGUUCCAUUUUUCUUCCACUUCACGGUUACGUUCUAUGUUGUGUUUGUGAAUUCUCACAACACGACUAGAAAUUUGUGUUUGUAAUAUGAAAAAGUCCAAGGUAUGAAUCCUUUUUAAAGGUAUUGCGUAUAAAGAAGGGAGGAGUCACCAAAGAUUUUUGCACAACACAGCACUUUUCUACUUCUCAUGGUACUUUUCAGUGUUUCUACAUCACAGCCAGACUUAUCCUGGGCAUCUUAUCUGCCCGUCCACUCUCUCUGAGGGAUCACAAAACGCACCUUCUGUUUAGCUCAAGAUUAUGAAUCAGAGUUUUUUACUUGUUUCAACUGCUGCUUUCAGACGACCAACAUAAGCUGACCUUGUCUGCUUACCUUAUGACAGGAUUGAAUGUCCACUGUUUUUUUUUUUUUCUUUUGCACCUCUUUCAUUACCAAAGGAGCAUUGUUUUUUUCCUUCGCAGAAAUUGGAAUAAUGAAAAAAAAAAAGAUGAUUAGGAAUUAUUUACAAAUGCUGACUAAACAUGAAGCCAUGAAACUGCUACAGUCACAGUAGCGCUUUGGUUUAUGCUGUUCAGCUAGCUCCCUCUGUCUGCAGUGGAGGCUGCAGGCCUCGCAUGACGAGGCCAUGUUGUGCAGCAAUGAUGCUGGAUGUUCCUGCGUCACCCAUGUGUUAUUAAUACUAAUGCAUUUCACUGUUUCACCAGCAGAGGUCCUCAGCGCAGAGUGAUUGCACUAGAAUGACGUAAUGCUCUGCCUUGAAAGCCCAGAGUCAUUUAUAUUAAAGAACAUAUACUUUAUCAUCAGUAUUUCUUUAUGCUAUAUAAGCAGUUAUGAGCACAUGUACACCAUGCUUAAGAAUAGCUUUUGUGUAGUUUUUUUUUUUUUUUCUUUUUGGCAUUUUUGUGUAUUCAUAAACGGAUUGCCAUAGUAAGAAGUGUUUGACCAGCUAAUGGCUAACAACCUGCAGGGUUCGCUGUUUAUUCUGUGCUGAUUAAGGGUUAAUUAACUCCUGCAGAGGGCAGAUCAGAGAGCUGAUAGUGUUACAGAUGUGUUGUUCCCUUCAUUAUCUGUCACUUUAACAUCUCAUUCUUAUCCAAGCCUUGAUAAGAACAAACUACAGCAUUCAUUUUAUUUUUUAACUUUUUUUGUAUUGUGUAUAUAAACACAUUGCAAUUGUAGCUAAUCCAAUAAUUCAGGUUUUAUACUCAACUUGUGUCAUGAAUAAAUACUUCUGACCACAAA